AUGUUGGAGCCACGAGAGGAGCGAAUCGUGGAUGAGGAGGUGUUGCGCUUCAUACUCAGGGCCGAUCCACAACGUCUGCGCACUCCAGCUUCGUGCAUCGAGCGCAUCUCUGCCGAUUCCGCCACCUACUCACACUUCUUCAGCAAAUUUCUCGUCACAAACAAGUACUGCAUGCCCGAUUGGAUGUUGGAUGUUGCGCAGUGCAAGACCCUGAGCGAUUCGCAUUGGUCCGCGCUGCAGCACUGGACCGUUGACGCCGCACCCCACGAAACGCAGAGGCAGAUCAACUUCCACCACUUCAAGGAAAGCUUUGGGAAUGCACAGCUCAACGUGGCCGAGUGCGGUGUGCGCGACUUCUCAGAUCAGCGACGUCGGCAGAUGACGAUGAGCGAGUACAUCGACUACUGGUGCCGCCACCGAGCUAUGCGCGCAGACGAGGGCAAGACGGAGGCGGGGUUGUCCCCCGCGGAAAUCGAAGAGGCGAAGGCCAUUCUCUACAACAAAGACUGGCACUAUGUCAAGCAGAACCCGGGAAAGAUAGCCUACACGCUGCCGCUCAUCUUCUCAGACGAUUGGAUGAACCUCCACUGGGACUCUCGGACGGACAUUGACGACGACUACCGGUUCGUGUACAUGGGUCCCAAGGGUAGCUGGACGCCACUACACUCAGAUGUGUUUGGGUCGUACAGUUGGAGUGCAAACGUGUGCGGAAGGAAGCGGUGGGUGUUCUUUCCACCCGAGCAAGGCCCCCUGCUCAAGGACAAGUUCGGCAACCUCAUGUACGACAUCGAAGAAGAUCAGAAGGUAUCGGCAUCUGCAUCAGCGGCCCGCGGGGCCCGUCCCAUCUCUUGCGUCCAGGAGGCCGGCGAGACGAUCUUUGUCCCCAGCGGCUGGUUUCAUCAAGUGUGGAACGAAGAGGAUACGAUAUCGAUCAACCACAACUGGGCCAACGCUUGCAAUGUCGACUUGUUGUGGGCCACCCUCGCGAAGGACUUCCACGCGGUGCAGAAGGAGUUGGAUGACUGCAAAGACACGGAAGGGUGGGACGAACAGUGCCAGCUGAUGCUUCGCACACUCUCGGGGUGGAACCUCGUCGACUUUGCGCGAUUCGUCGCGCAUCUUGCUCGCGUGCACCUGGCCUUGCUCGAUGGCUGUGACCCCGCCAAACGAAAAGGUGGCGACGACGACGAAGAGAGCCACUCGAGGGCGAAGAGCAGGCUUCUGCUGGCGCUCUUCAGUCUGGGCCGGCUCGCGCGGGUGGCAGAGGAUCUGCUCCGCUACGAGGCCGUCGCGCGCCAGGUCAGCGGCGAUGACGGUGAGCUGCGCUUCGAAGCCGCCACUUUCGCCCGCCUGGUGGCGGACAUUCCCCGCAUCAUCACGGCCGAAGUGGCCGAGCCAGGUCGACCAUGA